ACGUCACCGAGCCCCGCCUUCGCCCACCGUCAACAUGGCGCUGCCGGUGCGGGCUUCCCUCGCGCCACAUUUCCUGCUCAGUUUCUCCGGGAGGUUUCAGCGAGUCCGCAAAAGGUUUCUGUGCGAUGGCGGCGCGUCGGAAAACGAGGAGCCACCGACGGCGGCGUGCCGGGUGUUCUCGGGGAUCCAGCCCACAGGGGUCCCCCACCUGGGCAACUACCUGGGCACCUUGGACAACUGGGUGACCCUGCAGGAGCGCUACCCGUCGGUGCUGUACAGCGUGGCCGACCUGCACGCCGUCACGCGGCCGCAGGACCCGCGCGCGCUCCGGACCAACACCCUGGACAUGGUGGCCAGCCUGCUGGCGUGCGGCGUGGACCCGCGCAAGGCCGUCCUCUUCCAGCAGUCGCAGGUGCCCGAGCAUGCCGAGCUUUCCUGGAUCCUCGGAUGCCUGACCAGCAUGCCGCGCCUCCGACACCUGCCGCAGUGGAAGAUCAAGAGCAAGCAGAAGAAUGAAGGCAGCGUGGGCCUGUACACCUAUCCUGUUCUCCAGGCCGCUGAUAUUCUUCUGUACAAGUCCACGCACGUCCCCGUCGGAGAAGACCAGGUCCAGCAUCUGGAGCUGGCUCAGGAUCUGGCUCGCAUCUUCAACCGACGCUACGGCCACGCCGUCUUCCCUCAGCCCCGCGCCUUGCUCGGCUCCGCCCGGAAGGUCAAGUCCCUCCGUGACCCCUCCUCCAAAAUGUCCAAGUCGGACGGCCAGACCAUGGCGACCAUUUAUAUCACGGACACUCCGGAUGACAUCACCCUGAAAAUCCGCCGCGCCGUCAGCGACUUUACCUCGGAGGUGACGUACGACCCGGAAGCCAGGCCCGGCGUGUCCAAUUUGGUGGGCAUUCACGCCGCCGCCGCCGCCAUCGGCGUGGACGAAGCCGUGUCGCUGGCCCGGGGCUUGGACACGGCCGCGUACAAAGGCCUGGUCGCCGAGGUGCUGGUCCAGAGGCUGGCGCCCGUUCGCCAGCGGCUGCUGCGGCUCAAGGCGGAGCGCUCCCACCUGGAGGCCGUGCUGGAAGAGGGCCGGCGCCGAGCCUGCGAGCUGGCCACCCCCACGCUACAGCAAGUCCGAAAAUUGGUCGGAUUCUGUUGACGGGACGGACGCACUUGGAACCGGGAGCGCCCGAUUGGUCCAUUUGCCUGCAUGAGCUCAUCGCUCUUGUCGGUUUUGUGAGGGGACUGGAUCUUGCUUACCAAAAAGAACACAAACAAUCAAGAUGGCAGAACAACUGGCCUCAUUCUAUUGGCAGGCGGACUCAGAACAGGCGCCACCUGAUUGGUCUGUUUUUCUUUUUUUCCAUUCAUUAUUUACUGUCUCAUGAAAGAAAUGUCAUGAUUAUAAAAAAAUGAUGCAAAAAUACCUAUAGAUAUACAAAUAUAAGUGUGUAUGAAUAUAUGUAUGUGUGUGUGUGUAUUUAUAUACAUGUGUGUGUGUGUGUAUGUAUGUGUAUAUAUAUAUAUGUAGGUAUAUAUGUGUGUGUGUAAAUAUAUAUAUACUGUAUACAUAUGUGAGUGUGUAUUAUAUAUACACAGUACAUAUAUAUAAAUAUAUAAUAUAUAUAUAUAUAUAUACACACACACAUAUAAUUUAUUUCCCCCCCCCCUCCCCCUCAGAUGACUAAAUGUCGAACAGACACGGCCUAUUGUUUUUGUUUUUUGCCUGCAUCACGUCCUGCCUGCCUGCAAAAAGCAUUCGAUAUUUGGAUAGGAUCAUGAUUCCAAGAAAUAAUAAAUGUUUGAAUAUUCAA